AGAAAUUCACGAAGAAAUAAAUUUGAAUCUGAGACUUCAGGUGCCAGAUAAAUUGGACACUGCUGGAAGAGGGCAAUGGCUACUGCCUUCAGUAAUGCAGUCCAGGCCUCCUUGAAUCUAGGCUCCAUGUUUGUAGAGUAUGAUAAUGACACUGAAGUCUUCCGUCAGCGCUUCAGGCAGUUCCAGUACAAAGAAGCAGCAGGGCCUCGUGAAGUUUUCAACAAACUCCGGGAGCUUUGCGAUGAGUGGCUGAAGCCAAAGAUGCGUUCUAAGGAACAAAUGGUGGACCUUCUAGUUUUGGAGCAAUACCUGAAAAUUAUGCCUCCUGAGGUAGAGACCUCAGUGAAAGAUCAAUGCCCAGCGGCUACAGAAAGUUUUGUGUCACUAUUAGAAGGAUUAGAGACCGAACUGGAGACACCAGAGCCACAGAUCGAUAGGCAGGAGAUGCUCUUGGAAGACCCAGCAGCAGUUGGAAUGGCACACGUGGUACCAGACAUCUACCUGGAGACACUCCCACCCCAAGCAAUGGGACCUGUCCCUGAGACCCCAGUAGCAGAGGCGCAGAUCCCACAGGCAGGGCUGCAGGAGCUGAGCAAUGGUGCCACUUGGGAAGGCCAGGCCUUUUGGGACCCUGAAACCUGUGUUGACUCAAAACUACCCUUCUUCCCAUCUCUCCUAUGGCCAGCAUAUUCAGUGCUAAAGCCUGACCCCAUAGAGCCCUGGAUGAAGGAACUACAGGACUGCAUGGAAGAGGAACAAUUUCAAUGGCUUGACUUCAAGAUAGAUGGAAAUGCACUUCUUGGUCCCAGUUUACCAGAAGACUUCGAACAGCCAAGAAGUCCGCUGGGAAAUCCUGCAGAGCAGCUACCCAGAGAGCACACAUUGCCUGUCUACGAUGAGAACCCCUUUCCAGAAGAAAGAGCUGAUGUAUCCAACCAGGAAGAACCUCUCAGCCCCAGAGCCCAUGAGCAAAACCAUGCCCAAAAGAGCCCACACCAGUGUCUUCACUGUGGGAAAGAAUUUGUUUCCAAUAAGGUACUUAAUGGGCACCUGAAAAUUCAUGCAGGAGAUCUCCCUCAUGAGUGCCUUGAAUGUGGGAAAAGAUUCCUUCGUAAGUCCAACCUAGAAAGGCAUCUUCGAGUUCACAGAAGGGAGGCACCCUAUAAAUGCAAUGGGUGUGAGAAGCAAUUCAGUCAGUUAUCACACUUCACAGAACACCAGAAAACCUCUUCUGGUCAAGAAGUAUACAUUUGCCCUGAGUGUAGGGAGCGUUUUUGCAAUAGAAAAGGUUUUGUAAAUCACCUAAAAAUCCACACAAAUGGAAAACCUUUUAAAUGUCACAGUUGUGGAAAAACAUUUAAUCGACAAAGAGACCUUAGAGUGCACUACAUGACGCACACUGAAGAGAGACCAUUUAUGUGUGAGUAUUGUGGGAAAAACUAUAGACAUAAAUCAAGCCUUGUUUUUCAUUUAAGAAACCAUUCGGGGGAGAAGCCAUAGAAGUGCAUUCAUUGUUUUUACAAGCUUCAUAAAGAAAACAUGCUUUAAUGUGCACCAACUGCUCACUUUAGAGAAGAAUUUGUUGAAGAAACCAGGUUCUACACAAAUUGACACAAAUCUACCAAAACUUUAAUGUGUAUUAGACUGUCUGGGAAGAAUGGUUUUGUUUGAGCUUAUUCAUAAGAACAGCUUUGUCUUUGGUGUGCUUAAAAUCCAUCUUCCAAAGCAUAUAAAUUUUAGAGCAGGGGUAUCAAACUCAU